AUGUGUGAUCAAUCAAUUAUAAUUAAAUUAUUUGAUACUGUGGCAUCAGUUGCUUGUGAUUUAUUUCGAGGAUGUUGUGGAAGUAAAUAUAAUUAUAAUUAUGAAGGAAGUACACUUAAUUACGUUAUGAAAAAUAAAUUUAUAACUGGUGGUGAUGUUCUGAUUUCAAAUAGUGAUGGCUCUAAAUUCAUCAAUAAAAUAAAGGAAAAACACUUAAAUUCACUUCUUCAUGAUAGGGAAGGAUUGAUCACUAUGGAUUUAUCUAAAAGUCUGACACGUUUCAGCAUCACAUCAGGUCCAGCGGAAACUUUAAAUGGUAAUUCGGUUGUCUUUGGUGAAAUUAUUAAUGGUAUGGAAAUUAUACAAUCAAUUGCUGAUCGUUAUCAAGAUGUUGAUGCUGAUGGUGGUGCACGAUUAACAAAUAUCAAAAUUUAUUCAUGUGGUGAAAAAUAA